AUGUCGCUCUCUCCGCAAUUGGCUCCGCCGGGGAGCAGCACAUACUCUUCGGAUAGCUUACACGUUGGGGAUGGGACAUGGGAUUCACAAAGGAAUACAUUCUUACUCCCUAAUUUAAUGGGUCUCAAUUUCGCAACGAUGCAGUAUAAUGGAAUGGGCAACCGAUUUCGAAAUUUUGAGGGAUACCACCCUCUAAUUCGGGCGCAUGGCGUGAUAGCAGCGAUUACCUUCCUCGGGCUCGUACCAUUCUCCAUUUUGCUUCUUCGCUUUUACCACGGCAAUCCGCACUUGUCGCUCAGGUUACAUAUUUGGAUGCAAAUCCUUGCAUUAUUUCUUACAACUGUGAUAUUUGUAACAGGCUGGUUUGCGGUUGGUCCCAAAAGAAGCUUAACGAACCCACAUCAUGGUAUUGGGCUCGCCAUAUAUGUCUUAGUCAUAUCUCAAAUUCUAUGGGGGUGGAUUGUUCACAGACGCCCACAGAAACGAAGACUAUAUCUGCCUUUUAAAGAAAUGCUGCAUCAUUGGUUUGGAUGGAUAACGGCUCUACUUGGAAUUAUUCAGAUACCCCUGGGCCUCACGUUAUAUGGCUCUCCGAUAUCAUUGUUUAUACUAUACACCUUGGCCGUAUUCGGUUUGUUCAUUCUUUUUACUGUUUUGACAUAUUUCAACGGCCGAUAUCUAGCGGGAGUUUACAACUCGCGAAGCUCUUUCAGCGGACCCGAAGUCAUCGAUGAUGGGACUAGCAGCCGUAUUCAUCGUGGUUUGGCUGGAACAGCUGGCUACGCGGGCCGACAACGAAGCGGAUCACGAGGUCGGUCACCACUGAGGCCCGAGGGCAAUUUGUUUGGAAUAAAUGCAAAUGAAAAACGCGCCGAGGAUAGAAGUUCUGGAACUUGGAAGAAGAGAUUGCUCCAAAUUGGUGGCGCUGUUGGUGCAGCUGCGAUCAUCAAAAAAUUAGUGGAUAAGCGCCGUGAUCGUGAAAGCGAUGCUGAGUCUGGUAGAUAUCACCCGGCCCAUACGGUCACAGAUACCUAUGACGACGAUUAUUCAGUAAGUCGGGUGGACGAGGAACUGCCCCCGCCCGCAGCUGCCCGUCAUCGUUAUGAUCCUCCAGCAAGUUUGCCUCAAAGCCAAUACACUGAAUCUCAGUCCAAUUUCAGAAGCGAAAAAGGCCACGGCCUGAGGAACGCUCUAUUUGGCGCAGGGGCACUUGCAGCAAUCAGAGGCCUUUUCAAAAGUCGUGCCGCACGGGACGAAGAACGACGCCUUGAAGAAAUCAGACAAGCUGACUUAGAGAGCGAGAGAGCAAUGAGAGAAAGGCGUUAUACCGGAGAUGGUCGUUUACCUCGAAGACAUGAUCGACGAUAUGGUUCGGUUAGUGAUAUAACGCCUACUGAUGCAGAUGAUCCUCGGAGCGAUCUCCCUCCCGUGCCUCCCCAUCGCCAUGAACUAUCUGGUUCUGGGACGGUGACCUCGCUGGAGCAUGAUCAGAGGCCAGGCCCCUCAGCAGGGGCUGUGGCUGCUGGUGCCGCUGGUGUCGCUGCUGGAGCAGCCGUUGGUGGGGCAGCCGGCGGUGCAUCUAACCGUCGUUUCAACGGCCCGCAAGAAGGCUCAGCCGACUCCCCUCCGGUUUCAAUCAAAGUGAAGCUGCACAAUAAUGGCCGUCGUGUUACGCUCAGGCAGCUAACUAGAGAGGAAGCGGAAGCAGACCGCGAAGCAAGAAGAAAAGAUCGCACAAAACAAGGUCGUCGUCGCCGUGAAAGUUCACUUUCUGGUGGUGAAGGAGAUGACCACUGGCGUCGAGUUGAAGAAUUAGAGCGACGGCAAGCCGAAGACUUGCAACACGCAGAUCCUACUGCCACCGCUGGUCCAUCUACCGCACCGCCUCCUCCAUUAGCUGUUCCGCCUGUUCCCCAAACCGGGCCAGGACCUCCAGUAGGCAGUAACCUUUCAGUUCCAGCUCCACCACCGCCUAUACCUGCUGCAAGGCCGUUGAAUUCUCCUCUAUCAAACAGUACAGAUCUAAGCGGCAGUUUUGCCAGUCGAAGUGGCCGUCGACGAGCAGAGAGAAGAACGCAGGCACGGCAGGGAGGCAGCCGUGUUGAGUUUACGUGA